AUGAAAACUAAGACUAGUCGCGCUGGUGACAAGAAGCUAGAUGACGACACGAUAAGGAGACUGGCCUACGCGAGAAACUAUCAAGAGACGUUGGAUUUCUUCAACGUCACUCUCGAGAAGGGCUUAUCGGACGCUCAAGUCCAGGCUCAAGCUGCCAAGUUUGGUCCCAAUGAACUGGACAAAACGGAAGGCAAGUCCCUGUUGGCUCUCAUAUUGGAACAGUUCGACGAUUUGAUGGUGAAGAUCCUGCUAGUGGCAGCAUUCAUAUCGUUUCUCUUGGCAUAUUUCGAUGAUGAAAACAACGACGAGGGAAUGUUGGCGUAUGUCGAGCCCUUGGUGAUCCUACUCAUCCUAAUUGCCAAUGCAAUAGUAGGCGUCUGGCAAGAGACCAACGCUGAAGCCGCCCUAGAGGCUCUCAAGUCGCUACAGCCGUCCUACGCACAC